GGGGCCGCUGCUGGGCGGGGUUGCGCCUGUCGGAGGGGGGCGGAGCGGUUGCGCCUGCGCGCUGCGGCGCUUCCGUCGCGGCCCGAGGGCGAACGGAGGCGGGAGCCGGGCCCAGCCGCGCCGAGCCGAGCCGCGCCGAGCCGCCGCCGCACCGACAACGCCAUGGCCAGCUCCCCCGUGUCCCGCGUGGUCUACAACGGGAAGCGGAGCGGCGGCCCACGCUCCCCCGGCGCCGGCAGCGAGAUCUUCACGCCGGCCCACGAGGAGAACGUGCGUUUCAUCUACGAGGCCUGGCAGUGCGUGGAGCGCGACUUGCGCAGCCAGAUGGGCUCCGAGCGCGGCCUGGUGGAGGAGUAUGUGGAGAAGAUGCCGAACCCUAGCCUCAAAGCGUUUAAACCUGUUGACCUGGGUGAUCUGAAGAGGAGGAACACACAGGAUGCAAAGAAGUCUUAAGGCGAGUCCUCCCUGUGGAUCGGCAGCUCUCCUAAGGUCCUCAAGCAGAUUUAAUUUGAGAUUUUGUGUUGAUUUCCUCCUCUGGUCUGUACUCCCAAAAGCCCGAAGGAGAGCCAGUCAGCUUUGGGGCUGGCUCUGAAGCUACCUGGAAUCAAAAGAUGCUCAGGGGCUUGCUGAGGAUGCCCAGAGCCUGUUGCAAAGGAUUCCAGUCCCCCACUCAUAGCUUUCUCUGGCCUCAGGCUGUCCUUCCCCACUUCAUCCUGGGCUCCUACAUCUCCUGUUCUUCUUCCAUCUCUGCCUCUGGCACACUGAGCUCAUGGGCUCCUUGGGUUCUGCUUUGUGGCCGGGCAGAGCCAAGUGGCUCUGUUAUUGGUAAGGGCAGUGCUAGUUCUCUGCUCCUUUCCGUGCACCAGGUUACAUAGCUGCUGGGGCAGGCUAGGGGAAGGAGGGAGACUUGGAUCUGUCUUUGUGCCUGGGAACAGAUGAGCAGCCCCAGUUCAACACUCCUUGUGCAGCUGACUUCUGGGCAGGGCACACUCCAGCUGUUCCUUGCUCCCUUGUGGGAGUGUUUAAUUUGUACCUGGGCUGCUGGUGCUUGGGACCCAUCGGUGCUGCCAGAGCUCCUGGCUCUGUAUUUGAGGCUGGAUUUUCAUUGUGCUUAGGUUAGGCCAGGUCCCUAUGGUGCUUGAAGUGGAGCUGCUCCUCUCCCAGUAGAGGGAGAGGGACUGGGUGUCAGCCUUGGCUGCAGCCCCAAGCACCUAAGAGGUGCUUGGAUGAGGGUGCUGGGCUGUGUUCAGCCCCUCCUGGCUCAGUGCUCUCGCAGCUUCAGGAGAGGUGGCAGCAGCGGGCUUGGGGGGUCAGCUGGUGCUGACUGUGUGGAAAGAAGCUUAUUGGCAUCCUCGCUGGAGCAGCGCUGUGCUCUUUUAUACUAACACCGCUUUCCAGGCGUGUGCCCUCGGAAGAGACCUGGCCUCUGCAGCUGGCAGAAAUGCCACUGGGGGGGCAGGCCACAGCCAGUAUAACUUGCCCUGGUAGGAGGCACUCUGGGCACCCUCCCUCCUGGCUAGGCUCAGAUGGUUUCUGCAUCAUCACCGCUGAGCGAGGGAGAGCAGCAGUGCCAUCCUCACCUGUCUGAGCAGACCAGCCAUGCCCACCGUGCCUCUGUGCCCGCAGCAACCUGUGGGGAGCAGCCCCCUGCCCGCCUGUGCUCUGAGCUGGCAGGGAGGGGGCUGCCAGGGCCUGCCCAGCACCAGUGGCUUCAGGAGGGGGCUGGGGGAGAGCUAGGUCUGCCAUUACCUUUCCUUUGUUGAGUCGUUGAGCUGUACUGUUCCCUUUCCUUUUUUUUUGUUUUUUUUUUUUCUGUUGUCUGUCACUUGAGGAGUGUUGUAAAUAAAAGCUGGUGUCCUUUUGGGUCUGCCUCAGUGUGAUGCUGCCCUUAGCACCUGCUCCUGGCGUGGGGCAAGGCCUAUCCCUUAGUUCUUGGCCACCCAGGUUGUGUCUGGUGCUGGAGCAGCAUGUGGACUCUACUCAGCCCCUCCAGCAGUGCUGGUGUUGUGCUUGGUGCAGUGCUGUGAAGGCCUGGGAGAAGGUGGCCUUGGUCCUAGCCAGCUGUUGCCUGCCCAGUCCUUCCUUGGUUGCCUGCUGUUCUGCCCAUGCACCCGCAGCCUGUCUGGGGCAGAGCCCUGGUUCUUCCUUACUUUAGAGUCCCAAGACAUUUCUAUUUUAUCAUUUAAAUCCUGUCUUUUCCAUUUUGGACUUCAGCAUGGACAGUAAAGGCCAGGGCUGUCUGUGCCAUGUCAAGCCUGACCUAGCCCUAAGGAGAGGUAAUGUAGAGAGGGAAGCUGCCUCUUACUUAUUUAUUUUUCUUUCCAGAAGGGAUCUUGCCCUUGUUUUGGGCUCUUAGUUGCCCUGCAAGGUGUGCAGCUGGGCACUACGUGCUGGUAGCACAAUGCCCUUGGGUGCUGGCAGCCCUCCUACGCACCAGCAUCCCUGGAGCUGUCGCUGGACCAAAGAUUUAAAUGUUGAGACUAUUAAUACACUCAUAUCCUCUUCCCUUCCCUGCUUUAAUGGCAUUAAACUAUACUUAGCAUUGCUA